GAGCCGAUUUGCAUGCGGCCGCCGCGGCCGCUGCCUGCGCCCGAGCCCGCCGCCGCCGCCGCCGGAGCCCGCGCCCGCGCCCGGCCCGCGCAGCCCCAUGCCUCUGGCGCGGCCCUCGGGGGGGCGAAGGUGAAGACCGGCUCCUAGGAUGAGUGAAGGGGCGGCCGCUGCCUCGCCACCUGGUGCCGCUUCGGCAGCCGCCGCCUCGGUUGAGGAGGGCACCGCGGCGGCUGCGGCGGCGGCAGCGGCGGGCGGGGGCCCGGACGGCGGCGGCGAAGGGGCGGCCGAGCCCCCCCGGGAGUUACGCUGUAGCGACUGCAUCGUGUGGAACCGGCAGCAGACUUGGCUGUGCGUGGUGCCUCUGUUCAUCGGCUUCAUCGGCCUGGGGCUCAGCCUCAUGCUUCUCAAAUGGAUCGUGGUGGGCUCCGUCAAGGAGUACGUGCCCACCGACCUGGUGGACUCCAAGGGGAUGGGCCAGGACCCCUUCUUCCUCUCCAAGCCCAGCUCUUUCCCCAAGGCCAUGGAGACCACCACCACGACCACUUCCACCACGUCCCCCGCCACCCCCUCCGCCGGGGGCGCUGCCUCCUCCAGGACGCCCAACCGGAUUAGCACCCGGCUGACCACCAUCACUCGGGCGCCCACUCGCUUCCCCGGGCACCGGGUGCCCAUCCGGGCCAGCCCGCGCUCUACCACAGCACGGAACACUGCGGCCCCCCCGACGGUCCUAUCUACCACGGCCGCGUUCUUCAGUAGCAGUACGCCGGGCUCCCGACCCCCGGUGCCAGGAACUCCAAGCACCCAGGCAAUGCCCUCCUGGCCCACUGCGGCAUACGCUACCUCCUCCUACCUUCACGAUUCUACUCCCUCCUGGACCCUGUCUCCCUUUCAGGAUGCUGCCUCGUCUUCUUCCUCCUCUUCCUCGCCCUCUACCACCACGACACCAGAAACUAGCACCAGCCCCAAAUUUCAUACGACGACAUAUUCCACAGAGCGAUCUGAGCACUUCAAACCCUGCCGAGACAAGGACCUUGCAUACUGUCUUAAUGAUGGCGAGUGCUUUGUGAUCGAAACCCUGACUGGAUCGCAUAAACACUGUCGGUGCAAAGAAGGCUACCAAGGAGUCCGUUGUGAUCAAUUUCUGCCGAAAACUGAUUCCAUCUUAUCGGAUCCAACAGACCACUUGGGAAUUGAAUUCAUGGAGAGUGAAGAAGUUUAUCAAAGGCAGGUGCUGUCCAUUUCAUGUAUCGUCUUUGGAAUUGUCAUCGUGGGCAUGUUCUGUGCAGCAUUCUACUUCAAAAGCAAGAAACAAGCUAAACAAAUCCAAGAGCAGCUGAAAGUGCCGCAAAAUGGUAAAAGCUACAGUCUCAAAGCAUCCAGCACAAUGGCGAAGUCAGAGAACUUGGUGAAGAGUCAUGUCCAGCUGCAAAAUUAUUCAAAGGUGGAAAGGAAUCCAGUGACUGCAUUGGAGAAAAUGAUGGAGUCAAGUUUUGUCGGCCCCCAGACAUUCCCUGAGGUUCCUUCUCCUGAUAGAGGACGCCAAUCUGUCAAACAGCACAGGAGUCUAUCCUCUUGCUGCAGCCCAGGGCAAAGGAGUGGCAUGCUCCAUAGGAAUGCCUUCAGAAGGACACCCCCAUCACCUCGAAGUAGGCUAGGUGGAAUUGUGGGACCGGCAUAUCAACAACUGGAAGAAUCAAGGAUCCCAGACCAGGAUACAGUACCUUGCCAAGGGAUAGAGGUCAGGAAGACUAUAUCCCACCUGCCUAUACAGCUGUGGUGUGUUGAAAGACCCCUGGACUUAAAGUAUUCAUCCGAUGGUUUAAAAACCCAACGAAAUACAUCAAUAAAUAUGCAACUGCCUUCAAGAGAGACAAGCCCCUAUUUUAAUAGCUUGGAGCAAAAGGACCUGGUGGGCUAUUCAUCCACAAGGGCCAGUUCUGUGCCCAUCAUCCCUUCAGUGGGUCUAGAGGAAACCUGCAUGCAAAUGCCAGGGAUUUCCGAAGUCAAAAGCAUCAAAUGGUGCAAAAACUCCUAUUCAGCUGACGUUGUCAAUGUGAGUAUUCCAGUCAGCGAUUGUCUUAUAGCAGAACAACAAGAAGUGAAAAUAUUGCUAGAAACUGUCCAGGAGCAGAUCCGAAUUCUGACUGAUGCCAGACGGUCAGAAGACUACGAACUGGCCAGCGUAGAAACCGAGGACAGUGCAAGCGAAAACACAGCCUUUCUCCCCCUGAGUCCCACGGCCAAAUCAGAACGAGAGGCACAAUUUGUCUUAAGAAAUGAAAUACAAAGAGACUCUGCAUUGACCAAGUGACUUAAGAUGUAGGAAUCUGUGCAUUCUAUGCUUUGCUCAACAGGAAAGAGAGGAAAUCAAAUACAAAUUAUUUAUAUGCAUUAAUUUAAGAGCAUCUACUUAGAAGAAACCAAAUAGUCUAUCGCCCUCAUAUCAUAGUGUUUUUUAACAAAAUAUUUUUUUAAGGGAAAGAAAUGUUUCAGGAGGGAUAAAGCUUACAAUUAAAGCUUUUGGGUAGAAUUCUGAAUCUAAUUUCAGUUAGUCCCAACACUGUCCUCUUUGGCUCUUGGAAGAUGUGGGCAAUUCAGACCCUUGGCCCCACAGUGCCAGUGCCUCAUUCAAAAGCACUGGCAGUUACCUGGUUUCAAAAAGAGGAGAGCUGUAUCCGCAGGUGUAUGCGCCAGUGAGCAGGUGGCCCUUGCCAUUUGGCUUGCCAGUCCCAAGCCCUAAAUUUCUAUUCACCCAAUAGCCUCAUCACAGGUUAUGUCAUGUCGACAAAUGCAGUGUUUUCUAUUUGAUUUUUGGAGAAUGGCACAAAAGACUGCAAUGCGAAGGAGGACAGGAGAGAGGAGAAACCGGGGGCAAUCGUAACUCCUCUUGUGUGCCACCUUCCUCUGAGAUUUGAAUGCACACAUCUCAGCUGGAGGUCUGAAAUUAUUACAGAAAAAGAGACAAAAAAAAUCACUAUGUCGUGUCACUAAAAUCAUGCUAAUAGAAAUGUUUUUCCUUGAGAUUGUUUAGAGGCUCUGGAGGAGCGUUUCUCAGUUUGUGUGCCUGUGUGCAUAUGUGUGUGUGAGCGUGUGUGUGUGUGGACUUGCUCACGCGAGCACAUAUGCUGUAUGCACAUGUGUUCAUUGUGUGUAUGUGUGUGCAUGUGUGCGCGUAUUACGCUUGCUAAAAUUUGUUCUGAAACAUCAGGGAAUCUAAUAUUCAGAGAAAGUAUUUCCCUCUUAGAUCUGUUCACUUUAAAUUUUUCCAUUAAGUUUAAAGUUCAGUUAGUUCUUAAAUCAAGGUCACUUGCAUGGUGGAGUCCUAUAAAACUCUUGACACUGUCUAGACCAUUUUCUGAUGUGAAUACUUUUGAGAGGAACAACUAUUGGCUCAUUAAUGAUAUCAGUAUCAUCAGGUGAGUUAACUGAGGAUGUGUGUUUACUUUGAAUCAUGCCUACUUAAAUUACUAACGCAAGACAAUUAACAAAUUGACAGUUCCCCUUUGCUUUCUCAUCAUCCUCAUUACUGUUUAUUUUAUAGCAAAUCUACUACGUGUGGACCGAGGCUUCGGCUUCUGUGGUUAGUAUGGGAAGAAUAACUUGUUGAAAUCAAAAAACCCAGACUAUUCAGUUCACAAGAAGCCCCCAAAAGAACAGUAAAUUGUGUUGUAUGUUCAUUUGGAAUAAAGCAAUAUUUUUACCACUGCUAAGGUGAACUGAAACCUCUUCUGAAGAUUUGUCUGUUUAUUUACCCUCAUUUUCAUGGGACAUAUGAGGAAAUUAGUGUUCAUAUACCCAGUCUUUUUCCAAUUAUUGGUGGUGUUGAGUUGUUAUGUUUACACCGUUUUAAAUAAAAAGGCACAGUAUUUGAAAGCAUAAAAGAUUUCUUUUACUGCAGUUUGGGAAAACCUUGGUUAAAAUCUCUUUGUGGAAGGCACAUUCCGUGGAAAAGGAAUGUAACUAUUUCUGAGUCAAGCUGUAAAGAGAUACAAUUCAUAUUUCAGGUUAAGUUGUUUCUGUUGAAAAUACAUUGCAAAUUGGUCUUUGGGAACAUCUGUUAUUAAUAGACAUACUGUCAUCCAGAAAAAAGAAAGAGCACUAUGGAUUUAUCAGAACUAGUUAAUAAAAAUUCAAGGUCUCAAAUGUUGAAACACUUUGGUAAAAAUGCACUUUACAUUUAACAAAAGAUUGUGUGAUAUUUAUUAUUUUUUCUGUUACAGUUCCAUUGUUUUGAAUGUAGAGGUAAUAUUGGUAGAAUUUUAAAAGAUUAUCGUGAAUUUAUAAUGUCUAGAUCAUCUAAGUUCUCAUUUAAAAAUACUGUAUGUAAACAUUUUAGAAAAUGGUCUUAAAAACUAACAGGUCUAGAAAAACCCGAUAAGUUGAGCAUCCAAUAUGUCAUUGUGUUGAAAUUUAUCACAAUUAUCAAACAGCUGGAAAGCCUCACAAGUUUGUUGAAGUCAACCUUGUUCUUAUAUAUUUUUUUAACUAAAAUGUUAUACUUGCUUAUCUGGAAGAUUGGUUCUGAAUUUACCAUUAAGAAGGUAUAUACUGUAUAACUCAUUGCAGUUAUACUAACAUAUUGUUUACACUGAAAACAUUAAGAUUGUCAGUGAAACUUAAGUCUUGGUCCAACCCCUUAUUUUUUAAAAAAAUAUAAAAAACUAUGUUCUGUGAUUGUAACAUCAUCCAUAUGUAUUCUUAAAAAGCAGUAAAUCCACUGGCGGUCUGAUAUAAAGUUUAGAUAUACAAUUACUCCCCUAAUUAAUAGUCAAGACAAAAUCGUCCAUAAAUAAUCUAUAUUAAUGGUUACUUUUAAGUGGUCAUUUGUCUCCUUUAGCAAUAUGAUGCUUUCCUGUGAAAAGUAUUGAAGGUCAAAAUAUACGUCAUUGGGCACCAGUGGACAAGUGCUGAUGGCAUCAGUACUUUCAAUGUGAAUCUAACAUGGAAAAUACUUGGAGCCAUCAGUGCUUGGCCCUUCAAGGUCAUGUGCCUACAGGGAAGUACUUAUUUCAGCAAAACACAUUUGAUUUUCCUUCAUUGUCCUUGUCUUUAUUAUGUGAAUAUAUAUUUGGAAAUUUGUAAUUAAAUAUGCUACAUAUUCAUUAUUUACCAGAGGAUGGAUGGUACCCAUUAUUUUUUUACUUUGACUCAUUUUGUGAUAUAUCUUUUUGUUUUGUAAAGCAUAUGUCAUUGUAGUUUGCCUGUGACUACUGUGGGAUGCCAUUCAAAAUAUGUGAGCAAUCUUAUAAUAUUGAGAAAUAGUAGAAAUGAUUUUGGAAAAUCAGCAUCAAAAUUUUCUUCCUAAAUUUCCUAUGUACAUUAAGUGCUCUGUGUUUUACACUCUAGCUCAGUAUCUGCCUUGCUAUGGGUUAAAAACUAAAUAUUUGUAAAUUUAUCACACCUCCAAUGAUUUACAUUAUUUCUAAGUAGCAAUAGCAAGGCUGUCUGGAGGAGGAAGAAUGUUGUAUAUAGGACUUCACAAAUUAACCUGUUUCGAUCUUAGUAACAAAUCAGACACACCAAAAAAGAGAACAGAAGAGCCAAGCAGACUUCAAGAGAAUGCCUGUUGGCUUCUGGAUUGAAUGACAGCUGCAGUUUGAGUGGGGCCUUGGGUGCCUAUGGCUAAGGCUAUCAGUAACCAGAUCUCUACCAGAACAUCUCUGAUGUGUGCCAUAGUCAUGCACACCUAUCCUGCAGUAUGGUGCUAUAGGAAACACUGACUCCCUAAGUCUGUGUGUUGGGGCAGAGGGAAUAGUGGUCCCUUUGAUUCCAGCCCCAUAAACUAGAAAAUACAGCACUGAAACAAGUGCUGUGAGACAUUUCUCAAAUAAGCUUAUAGUCAACCUAGGAACGCAGUAGGAGGGGUGGGAUUUUUAUUUGAUCUUUUGGUAUCUGGGAGACAUUUUAUAUAUAAAGAGUACUUUUUUAUUCUUAUUCGAAUGUAUAGAUUCAGUGUUUUCAAUGGAUAGCAUGUCUACACUGUGUUUGUACUCUUGUCUUCAGAAAUUCUAUCCUCAUCUGGGCAAAACCAGCACAAGGUUUCAAGGCUGUUCUCAGUUUUAAAUGCAUCCCGAUAUGCCGUGGGAAAUGAAGCUUCUAAAUAAGCUUAAUCUCUUCCUUGUUGAUAAUUUCUUUCCCUUUUAAAAAAAUAGUGAGGGUAAAAUAAGAAAUUCACUCCUUAAGAGCCACACCAUUCUCUUAUAAUCUGUUUCCUACUGUAACCACAAAUACACGCACACACCCACAAAUAAAUGUACAUUAAAUUUGUGAAUUGAAUGCCUUAGUAGUUUCACUUUUGUUUAAUCAACAAACAUCAAAGUGAUUGCCUCAUGGAAUGCCAAUGAAAUCAAAGCAUUUAGAGACAAGCCAACUUGGCAACAUUUUGUUAUCCAGGCAUUUUUCAGUUCCUUCUCUUUCUUAGGCAAGCAGAAAUAACCUUGGGUUAGAAAAUUCACAAGAUCCUAGAGUAACAUCUCUGCUAGAUUGUCUUUUAGAAAUGAAAAUCAAAAAUGAGCGUAAAUGAUUGUUGUCCUUGUAGUGUAUAAUGUUCUCAAAUAUAUUUUUUAUAAAUUUAAGUGUAACUUCUCCCAGAGGUGCCUAAAUAGGUGCCUUCGCUUCUGGUACCCACUAAACUCCAAUAAGGACAGAGUGUGUGUGACGGGGGUAAAGGGGACACUGAAUGCUAAUGUUGCAGACUCCAGUGAAGAUAAUAGCAGGGGUAACCAGAUGUAAUACUGAUGAAAUAGAGAUCAGGUUUCUAGUCCUUUCAUAAUUUUUUGUCAGGAAUACCUGUAUUGAUUGCACGUGUACUGUUGACUAUGAAAGAAUUAAUUGUGUGAUAGCAAACAAUCUCUUAUUGUUGGAAAUGAAUUAGAAAAUAUUUUCUAUCGGAAGUUGUCUUUGUGAAAACUUAUACCUUAACUAUACAUAAGACUAGUUCCAUGACCUCAUCUGUCAAAUAAGGUGGAUGACUGUUUAUCUUUGCUUUCCCUUCCAAAUUGAUGCCUUUUUAUCCAGUCCGUCUAACCCAGACUUUAUCUGGUCACCUGUCAUUCUUUAACUUGAACCCAACUCUUUAAAAAUACUCUGUAAAAGUCUAUCUCACUAAGACUCAAAAAUAGUUAAAAUCUGUAUAUCUAUCCAUAGAUAAUAUUUCCAUUGAUAAUAUCACAUUUAAUUUCCAUGGAGGAAAAAAACAGGAUUGUUUCUGUGGUGGUUGUUAAUGUAAAUUUACCUCGGGCAGGUAAUUAAAAAAGGGAUAGACAAGAAAAUACCCAAUUCUAAAGCUUGAAAAUCAAAUGGGAAAAUUUGCCCCAGAAUUUUUUUAAGAAAUUAUGAUGAAUUAUCAAAGACAGAACAAGGGGCUCUCCAGAGAAGGCAUGAGACCUUGAAGACGUCCGUCUCUUACAGGGCCAAGGACACACCCUCAUUUGAUAUUCAUAAAUACAAGAUACUUAUUGAUAUUCUCAAUUAUUUGCAUAUCAAACAAUAUAAACUCUCCUACCAAUAGUGAAUAAAUUAUCUGGAAAUACUUUCACAUCAUUGUUUAAAAUAAUCCUAUCUUUGGGAGCAGGAUACGCAAAAAGAAUGCAGGGUUUAUUUACAUAUUUAAUUUUGAUUGUAAUUGCUGUUUUUGAAAAAUUAAUAUUUGUAUGCUCUAUCAAUAGCAUCCUGACUAGCACUAAUUAUUCCAUAUAUAAUUUGUCUUGGUCAAGAUCCCAAAGUCUGAAUUCUUUAGCCAUCAAUAAAACAAUAUGAAAUGUUAAAA